AUGAAAUUAAUUUUAAUAACGUUGAUUGCACUAAGUGUCUUUACUGCAAUUAAUGCAUCAUUCGAAAAGACUAUUAAAGAAGGACAACACGAUCAAAUAUCAUGUCCUGAGAAUCAGCUAAUUUAUGUGGAAUACGGGGAAUGGACUUAUCAAUUGCUAUAUUGGAAAAACUUAGCAACUCCCAGCUUGUUAAAUCUUUUUUAUUUUCCUGGAAAACUAGUUGGAAUGUGUACAUAUGAUGUGACAGAAGCUGUAAAAGAAAUGUGUAAUUCAAAAAACGUUUGUCAAAUUGAUGGAAGUAGAAUAUCAUUAAAAAGUGAUAAAUGUAAUUACUGGAUGAAGCUCAUUGUGACAUAUGAGUGCGUGGACUGUUCUCAAUAUGAGAAUAAGAAAAAAACAAGCGAUGGACAUGAACUUUUAAGAUACAAAAGAUAUUUUGGAUCAAAAACUGCGAUGUGUACAGCACACUUCUUAGCAUUGGCUGGUGUUUUAUUAAGGGACAAUGGAAAUAAUCAAAGACUGUGCCCUAACCAUGUGUUCGUCGAAAAGCAUGUUUGCAGUCAUUGUCAAAGCGACAGUGAUGUUGAGAAUUUUGCAAAGCAAGUUGAACAAUUAAGACACGAUAAUUCUUAUCAAUUCACCAGAGAAAAUUCUGUAUUUGUUGGAAAUCCGACUUAUAGACAACAAGGCGAUAAAUGCAGAUUUAUUUCAUCAUUAAAAAAAUAUGAUUGUAAUUUAGUAUCAGGAAAUUGGAAUUGUAGAGAAGAAACUAAUAGAGUUCGUGCUAGUCAUGAUAUUAAUAAUGGACAUUAUGAUCCAAGAAAUGACAUUUAAAAGUUUCAGUUGAGAAAAGACA